AAAAUGAGGCGUAUUGGCUGCAGUAUAAAAUCCUCAGUGAUUCUUUAAUUUUACACAAUCAGUGCUAAGAGUGCAACGAUGAACAAUUUUAUAGUUAUUUUAUGUUUAAGCCUAAUUUCGGGGAUUAACUGUGAUCUAGAUUGGUGGAAGACUGCUAAUGUGUAUCAGAUCUAUCCGAGAUCUUUUAAAGAUUCUGAUGGAGAUGGAAUCGGCGAUCUCAAUGGUAUAACACAGAUGUUGCCAUACUUGAAGGAUCUGGGAAUUCAGGCUUUCUGGUUAUCUCCUAUUUUUAAAUCACCAAUGAAAGACUUCGGAUAUGACAUCUCUAAUUUCUACGAUAUUCAGCCAGAAUAUGGUUCCAUGGAGGAUUUCGAGCGUCUUUUAGCUACAGCUCAUAGUUUAAAUUUAAAAGUUCUACUUGAUUUUGUUCCUAAUCAUUCAAGUGAUGAGAACGAAUGGUUUGUUAAAUCUGGAGAAGGUGAUGCAACCUACAAGGAUUUCUACAUCUGGCAUCCUGGAAAAUUAGAUCCUGCAGAUCCAAAAAAAAAGCUUCCUCCCAGCAACUGGCUGAGUGCUUUUCGUGGAAAAGCCUGGAAGUGGCAUAGUGGCAGAGGAGAAUUCUAUCUGCAUCAGUUUUCAUAUCAGCAGCCAGACCUCAACUACAGGAAUCAGAAAGUCGUUGAUACAAUGAAGGAUGUUUUAAGAUUUUGGUUAAAGAAAGGAGUUGAUGGUUUUCGCGUAGAUGCUGUACCACAUCUGUUUGAAGUUGAAACAAUUAACGGUCAAUAUCCUGAUGAAGCCAAGAGCGGAAAUACAGAUGAUCCCGACGAUUUUGGCUAUCUUUAUCACAAUCUCACUCAAAAUUUACCGGAAACAGUUGAAAUGGUAUACCAAUGGCGAGAUGUUCUUGAUGAAUUUACGAACAAAGACGGAAAUACUAGAAUAAUGUUAACAGAGGCAUACACGGAUAUUGAUAUCCUGAUGCAGUAUUAUGGAAAUGGUAUCAAGAAUGGAUCUCAUGUUCCAUUUAAUUUUUACAUGAUCAUGAAUCUCAAUAACAAUUCUAAUGCAAUCGAUUUCUAUAACAACAUAAAGUUGUGGUUGGAUAAAAUGCCAACGAAAUGUAUAGCUAAUUGGGUGAUGGGGAAUCAUGAUCAAAGACGCGUUGGAUCAAGAUUUGGAACACACAGGAUUGACCUCAUUAAUAUGAUUCUCAACACACUUCCUGGCGUCAGCAUCACAUACAAUGGCGAAGAAAUUGGUAUGACUGAUGUGUUCCUGACGUGGGAGCAAACAGUCGACCCUGCUGCAUGCAAUGCUGGUCCAGAUAAAUAUCAAUUAUUUUCUAGAGAUCCAGAACGUACUCCCUUCCAAUGGGACAACUCUACCAGUGCUGGAUUCUCCACAAAUUCCAAAACUUGGCUGCCUGUAUCUCCGUUAUUUCAGCAGGUGAAUGUCAAAGUUCAAAAAAAUGCUCCACGGAGUCAUCUCAAGGUGUACCGGCAGUUGUUGCGUCUCAGACACACGGAGACUCUUCAGAAAGGAUCCGUUGAGAUUCGUACUCACGGUCAGAAUGUCCUCAGCAUUACGAGGAGACUAUCUGGUCGUGAUACCUACAUCACCAUCGCUAACAUCGGUGGUCAAAGAGAAUCCAUUGAUCUACGAGAAAUCUUUUCCGAUCGUCUGAUCUUCCAUAUUGUUUCUGUAGACUCCAAGAGACGCGAAGGAGAGGCCGUUGAUGGUUACAUUUUACAACUGAAUUCUUAUGAGGGAGUCGUAUUGAAGGCGUUAGCGGAUGAAUCCUUUUACAAAUAUACUAUUAUAGGGGAACCAUGAUACUACACCACGAUAAUAAAUAUUUCGAUUAAAUGAUUCUAUUACAAUGAGAGCAGAUAAAUUUUAGUACAGCAGGAAACUUUUUUCAGUAUUACAAUGUAUAUUUCCUGGUAAAAAAAAAAUCUAGAGCACCAUGUCUGAGACACCGUGUACUCCGCAUAAGUAACAUUAAAUUAAAUAGUCACCGCACCAUUAAAUUGCAUUGACUUUUUCCACCAAUAAUGACAAAAAAAAAGAUAAGAGUAUGUUCUCAAGAUUUCAUGUAAUAAAUUGAUAAGCAUUUUACAGAGAA